AUGGCAGCGCUAUGGCACCUAGCGGAUGCCUACACACUCUUGGAAAGCGCUGAUGUCAAGGACGGAAAGUGCUCCUUCGAAGGACAUCUGAUGAGCCACGGAGAAGUCGUCAAGAAAGGUGAACCCUGCGAGUCCUACGAAUGUGAUGCCGAAAACGAGCUCAUGGCCAUCAAACGGUGCCACUACGGCGUUUACCAGGGCGCUCCUCCCAACUGCACGCUACAGAAAAAUCCUGGAGAAUUCCCCACGUGCUGUCCCUGGCCACAGUGUUACCCGUCCCCAGAUUACGAGCCAGACGACAGUUUCAUAGACGGCGCAGACCAACCAGAGACUUUUCCUAGCUAUGAUCCCCCUGAGAUCAGACUCGAUCACCUUGAAGAAAGCGGCAAUCUUACUACAGAGGCCGGCAACAGCGUCCCCGUUGAAAGCGCUAGUCCAAGUACUCCUUCAACUGCUCAAGACACCGGUGACGCCACACAAAGCGAUGCGCCUCCAGAGUUUACCAGAAACACCAGCCACAAUGUGCCCUCUGGAGCUGCAGGUCCAAGUGCUCCUCCGACCGCUCAAGACACCAAUGACAAGGCACAAAGAGACGCUACAUCAGAUGGUAAAAGCUCCAGUGCAGACGCACUUUCCACCACCGUUGCCUCUGUAUCUUCCGAAGAUACGUCGUUAGUGCAGCCACCCCAGCUAGCUGCAGACUCAUCGUCCUCAAGUGGGCAAUCAUUGGACCAUGCUUUAGACGCUUCGACAACGGACGGUUCUUCCCCUGAUAUGUCCAGGAAAAAAAGGUCCAGCGCUAAGGGCUCUGAAGGUGCGGCGCCGGAUUCAGACUGUCAUUCCAGAUGCGGCCGCUUGAGAUCGUUUGCCGCAGGCCUCAACUCUUCGGUCCUCAAUUGCGACUGCAUCUAGAAGAUGCCAUUCACAUUUUGUCAUUUUGAAGUUCUAACAGUCACUGAUCACUGCAACUAAUUUAAGUUACUCCCGCUUAUUGAUAUCUUUGUUACUAGAGACUUUUAGUAGAUCGUACGCUAGAGCUACGCUUUGCUAGCGGGAGCUGGUGCCGUGACUUCGAAGCAUGGAUUGAGCACGCGCCCGCUGGACCCGCUGUCUACGGCGAACGGUCUACCAAAACUUUCUAUUUUCCCUGCUUCACGUACGCUAUAGCCGACAAUGUGCGACGUUUCGGAUGGACGUAUGAACCACCUUGCUACGCUUCACUAGUUCGACACACUGUAAUCCUCAUCAUUAAAAAGAGAAUCCUGAUA